UAAUAAAUCAGCACGAUUCAGUUUGUACUCUGUGUUUACUACGCAUGCUGAUAAAAUGGAAGUGUAUUCUGAGAAAUACUCCGAAUUUACUGGCUUUGUUGACAUCCUUGGAGGGAAAUAUGUCGAUCGUUUGGAUGAAAAAUCAAAGAAGAAAGCAAAGGAAGAGAUUUAUGAGGACCCAAAAGAGAGAGAUGCAGCGAUACGACAGUUUAGAGAUUGGGUUAAAGCGCAACCUCAUUACACCGUGUGUACAGAUGACACAUUUCUUCUUGCAUUUCUGCGGAGGUGUAAGUACAGUCAACUAGAAGCCCGGCUCAUGUUUGACACCUUCCAUACUGUUAUAGCAAGUAAAAUCCGAGCGUGGAUGAUUGACAUCAAAUGUAGUGCCGAGGAUUUAGCCAUGGCACAUCUGAGGAGAUGUGCGAUACCUUUACCGUUGAGAGACCCUUGGGGAAGACGCAUCAUCCUAUGGAGAGCAGGAGCAUUCGACACUGGCAAGAAUACUGGCUACAAUGCAGACACCUUUUUUAUGAUGUGGGGCAUUAUUUUAAUGAUACUUCAACGUGAGGACAUGACCCAGGUGAAUGGCUACGUCAUUCUACAAGACGGAACGGGUCAAACUAUGAAACAUAUGACAUACUUUGGUUUGGAGCGUUUCAAAUACACGUUGAAACUAUUUUAUAAUAACUUUCCUGCCAGGAUUAAGAAAGUCGUUUACUACAACUGUGGAAUGAUCAUGGAGGCCUUCAUGGCCAUCGUGAGCCCCUUGAUUACACAGAAGAUAAGGGAUAGGUUCGUGGUUAGAGGAUCCAUGGAAGAGAUUUAUACGAAAGACAUACCAGCAGAAUGUCUUCCAUUGGAAUACCUACCAGAUGAUUACAAGGGAAAGUCUCCUGGCAAUUUGGAAAAGGUGCAUGGAAUAUUCUGGAACAAAGUGAAAGAACCAGCAAUUGAGACGAAAAUCUGGGAUUUAAGUCACAACUUUUUCAAAGUUGAUGAGAAAAAGAGACCAGAUGCUGAUAUUCCCCAAGCUGCAUUCAGAAAACUAAACAUAGACUAAUUAUGGACCAUUGUGUUCCACUGAGGUUCAAACCCUACAGUUUAUAUGUUUCUAUGAAACUGCUACAGAAAAUACUCAUCAUUAAGGGUGAUAUAUACACAGUAGCCUAUAUACAAUGUUAUAUAUUAUGAGGAAGUGUAGGGCAACAUAAAGAAUACAUGCAAAACCUAUAUGGGAGGAUUCACAGCUCUCAUAUUGUUAGUUUCAAGUUAGUAUAAAUAUAAGUAUUAUACGGUAAGUUAUUGAAUGAUUUGAAGUGCAAUAAAGGAUAUAUUCUGUUCGUGAAAUUUUGUAUUGAAACGAGACGAAGUCAAG